CACAGUUAGUCCAGCGUACAUGUUUGUUCAGAGACAGGGAGAGGGAGGGAGAAAGGUGGAGAGAGAGAGAGAAAGAAUAUUCUUAUGAUUGAAGCCUUUAUUUUUAUAUUCUGCAAGAAAAAAAGGCAUCAAUUUUCUGCAUAGGAAAAGCACUGGACACUUUUUCUGACCAGUCACAUGAAGAUGGAAUAUAUAGUGCCCUUUGCACUAUUCUUACAUCUCUGCCUCGGCCAAGUGGUGGUGCCUCCAGACACUCCUACCGCCAUAGAAGUGGGGCAAAAUGUGACCCUGAGGGCCAAUCAUAGCCAUACUAUACUAGCUGGAACAUGGAACUUUGAGACCACAACAAUAAUAUUAUGGUACCCUGGCAACGAAUUGCCCACUCCACAAUAUGACGGAAGAAUUGUAUUUAAUACAAGUGAUGCUUCCCUGACUCUAACAUCUCUCCAAGUUGACGAUUCAGGAGAUUAUGGCUUAAAUGGACUGGACCCCGUAUUUCAACGGCAGUUUGUUUUGUCAGUUCAAGAGCGAAUCUCAAAUGUGACCACGACGGUGUCUAAAACCAAUUUAAUCGAGAUCAACGACACUGUCACUCUCAGCUGUUCUGCCUCUGGAACCCCUCUCAGGUUCCUGUGGAUCAACGGAACAUCUGUUGUAACAGCCAGCGAACAGAUCAAAUUCAGUGAGGACAACAGUGUCCUCACCAUCAUGGAAGUGACUAGAUUUGAUACAGGGCCAUUCUCCUGUAACGUGUCCAACAACAUAAGCCAUGACGCGAGCUUGACGCCCACCCUCAACAUCAGCUAUGGACCGAGUAACCUCAUGUUGGAGGUAGCCCCAUACAAGAUGGCAUAUAUCUCUGGGUCCAAUGUAGAUCUCACUUGCUCUGCUGAUUCCAAACCGGCAGCUUCAUAUGAGUGGCUGUUUAACGAUAUAUCACUGAACAAAUUUGGAGAGAACCUCGAACUCACCGAUUUAGAGAUGAGUGAAACUGGCCAGUACACAUGUCUGGUCCACAACAGUGUGACUUCUAGAUAUGAACAAAUCUCCAAAUCACUCACCAUUGUUGACCCAAUAUCAUCUGUGGUGGUAAAUGAAGUGGGCAGACCUCCCAUUCUGAACAUGACAUUCACACUGAGGUGUGAUGUGAUUGGGCCUCAUGUGGACUCCAUUCACUGGAUGAAGGACAAUACUUCCCUUUCUCCUGACAACAGCAUCUCCAUCUCUCACGACAACACAACAUUAACUUUCACAUCAGUUGAAAUGUCAGACAAUGGAAUGUACUGGUGCAUGGCCUUCAAUCCUGUGAGCAACAACACGAGCAAUGAGUACAAGCUGACGGUUAACUAUGGACCUAAGAUGCCCGUCAUUUCGGGACCCUCCAUCAUCGCAACAGCAGACAACUUAAUGCUUACUUGCUCUGCUGAAUCUGAACCACCCAGUAAUUUCACCUGGUACUUUGAUGACACUGUAAUGAUGGGCCCAGACUACAAACUGGACUCCGUUAGCUUGAGCAACAGUGGAAACUACACCUGUUCAGCUCAUAAUGACAUCACAAAUAUCACUAAGAUGGUCACCAAAGAAGUCAAAGUCAUCCACCUCAUAAGCAGUGCCACCAUCAAAAUCACUGGAAAUCCUCCUGUCGACCACAAGCUUUUUGUGCUGACCUGUGACGCUGUUGGCACUGUUUAUGAACGCGACUGGAUGAUGGAUGGCAUGGCUCUCAACCUGAACAUGAGUCGCAUGAACCUCUCUGAUGACAACAGCAUGCUGACCUUCGACCCCGUGCUGAAGUCAGAUGAUGGAAACUACACGUGUAUGGCCUCCAACCCUCUGAACAACGAUACUAGCCCCAUGUUUUCCCUCAAAGUCAACUAUGGACCUAAGAUGCCUGUCAUCACAGGCCCAAUGGGGCCUGUCAAGACUGGCUCCAAUGUGACCCUCAACUGUAACGCAGACUCCAAACCUCCCAGCAACUAUACCUGGUACUUCAAUGAUGGAAACAUGAUGGAAAGUGGCUCGAUGUAUGUGAUAAAUGAAGCCACACCAUCCGACAGUGGGAUUUACACCUGUGUUGCCAUGAAUGAUGUCACCAAACAGAAUAGCAGCGCUGUCAAAGAGCUAGAGGUUAUUGAUCCAAUCUCAGCAGUCCUGAUAAUGAAAGGCGAGCCCCCCAUACUUAACAUGACGUUCACCCUGACCUGUGAUGUGACUGGGCCUGUGGAGUCCAUUCACUGGAUGAAGAGCAGCGACUACCUGCAGACGACAGAGGACAACAGAAUAUCCUUCACUGACGGAAACAAAACGCUGACAUUCAGUCCAGUGAUGCACUCAGAUGAUGGGGACUACAAGUGUUCAGCCUCUAAUGCUGUCAGCAACAAAAGCUCCAACUUCACACUGAAGGUCAACUACGGACCUGAUAACGUCACUAUAUCUGGGCCAUCCACCCUGUCCACGGGAUCCAAUGUAACCUUCACCUGCGAUGCCUCCUCUUGGCCUGAAAGUAGCAUCAGUUGGUUCUUCAAUGGGUCUGAGGUGGAAAUGAGCUCAGUGUAUAAAAAAUACUCACUCAGCCCUGCUGAUAGUGGGGAGUACAGCUGCACUGCACACAACAACAUGACUGGCCGCUCCAGCUCAGUCACUAAGAUGCUGACAGUCAUUGAUCUGAUAUCAAAUGUUAUGGUGAAUGAAGAUGAUGGAUCCCCCAUACUGAACAUGACAUUCAUCCUGAGCUGUGAUAUGACUGGGCCCGUGGAGUCCAUUCACUGGAUGGUUAACAGCAGCUCCUACCUGCAAGCAAACGACACAAUCUCCUUCUCUAAUGAGAACAAGACGUUAACUUUCAAACACGUUGAUCACUCUGACAACGGAAAUUACCAGUGUGUUGCCAUGAAUGCUGUGAGCAAACUAAACAGUUCUGAGUACAUACUCAUGGUCAAUUAUGGACCAUGGGAUACUGUUAUCACUGGGCCACAGAAUGCAAAGUCUGGAUCAGGUGUGACAUUUCACUGUUCUGCUACCUCCUUGCCCCCUAGUGUCUACAGCUGGUACUACAAUGGAUCAAUGGUUGGAGAGGGUGCACUGCUGGAGCUGUUUAACCUUACCUUGAACAAAAGUGGAGAGUACACCUGCAAGGCUCACAACAACAAAACAAACAUGAGCAGCUCUGUCUCCACACACCUACGGGUAAUCACCCCUCUGACAGUAGUUACAAUUGAGACUGAAGGUCAGCUACCAAUACUAGGCAAAUCAUUUAAGUGUAACUGCAGUGCUAACAGUGAGAUCACGUCCAUUUACUGGAUGAAGAAUGGGAGCCUGAGCUGGAAUGGCACAGUGUCCCUCUCUGAGGACAAUGUCACCAUGACCAUAGACUCUGUGACGCAUGAUGACGAUGGAGAAUAUCAGUGCACAGCCCAAAAUGAUGUCAGUAACAUGACCAGCUCGGUGUAUGACCUCAGAGUAAACUUUGGGCCGAAGAAUGUCGUCAUCUCUGGACCUAAGCUUGCAGAGACAGGAGCAAACGUGACAUUCAACUGCUCUGCCACCUCAUGGCCCCCAAGUAGCUUCAGCUGGUACUUCAAUAGCUCUUGGGUGGCUAAAGGCUCCAGCUACACAACUGAGCCACUGGCUUUAGAUGGCAGUGGGGAAUAUACUUGCAUGGCACACAACAAUGUCACAGAACUUAACAGCUCUGCCUCAAUAGAGUUAGAGGUCUUCAUUGCCCCAACCCCUAUUGUGGUGAAGCCAAAACCGGUCAUUCCCAUGGACUCUGAAGACUUCUCGCUCUACUGUGAUAUUGCUGGGCCAUACAACAGUAUCCAGUGGUAUAGGGAUAGUCGCGCCUUGAUCUUCAACAACAGCAUCAUGCCUACCAUCUCCAACGACAGCACCACUGUGUCUUUCAAACCCCUCAAGAGGGCAAACGAUGGGAAGUACCAGUGUGUGGUAGAAAACGUUGUGACACGGCAUUACAGCGAAUCCUACGACCUUCGUGCCAGCUAUGGCCCAAGUGAGGUGGUCAUCAGCAUUACCACUGAGAACCCCUUCACUCUCACCUGUAAGGCUGACUCUCAGCCUCCCAGUGAAUUUGAGUGGAGCGUUGAUGACGAGCCAAAAGGAAACGGCAGUUCGAUUGAAAUGACGCUCUUCGCUGCACUUAUGCUUGAAACAAUUACCUGCAAGGCCACAAACCCACUGACCAACGAGACUGUUACAGCCACCUUUGAAAUACCAGAUUUGAGUGCUGCUCCUCCUCUCCAGUCUCGGGUUGACCUGACCCUCACAGUCCUGCUGGCUCUUUCCCUCUGCCUGCUGGGGAACAGGUUUUAUUAAACCCUUCCAUUUAAAAUUAUCAUCUCCACUUCCCACUGUUUAGCUACAUUGUCUUCUUUUUACGUCAGAUUGGACAUUGAUGAGGCAACCCAAAUGUGUCUGGUGAUCUUUUGUAUUAGAUUAACAUGUAUUUAUUAACGCAUACUGCCUCAGAGUUCAGUGCGUAAGAUAUAGUUAUGUUGCAAAUGUGUGCCUACAACAUGUAAAAGAAGCAAUUGUGCACAACUGAAAAAUUAGGCAUUUGAAUGCAGCAAAAAUCAAGAAUAUAUUUUAUUCAAUAUAUAUCUUUUAAUGCCGUUUCAAAAGUGAAGUUUAGCUUUAUUUAUACUAAUCUUAUUUAUGAAGGGUUAACUGUUCUAAUAACAUGAUGCACUUUAUUGCUGAAAGAACUCUACAUGUAUGCCUAGACCCUUCAAUACCUUUCUUUCUUAAUAAAAGCAUAUAUAUUUUAA